AUGCUUCAAGGUUUGAAGGAUUUCCAGCUUCAGCGACUGACGGAUUUCACCACACUGACCGCAAUCGCACAACGAGCUUGGGAGGAGCGGCAGCUCCCAAAGCUUGAUGCUGUACCCCAUUCCGCUUUUUACACGGCCAUCGGCACAUUGGUGGCAGCGCAGCUGGUCAUGGUGUUGCUGACUCGACGUGGCCGACACAUAAUUUUUCUAACCGUCGACACGGCAGGUUGCUUCAUCGCCUCUGUCACCUCACAUGCGCCUGCCACCGGCCCCCCCUGGAGCCGUCCUAUACAGGUCCUGGCGGUGCUUCUGGUGCUCAUUUUGCUUGUAGCCAUUCUCAGCUUGCCUAUUGGUGCCGUGUAUAUUGGUAUACGGGGGUCCGUAAUGAUGGCUCGCUCCCUGUCCGACAACUUCCCCGUGCUGGGACUGGUGCUGCGGCCGCUGUUGGCGGCCUUGGGACAAGCCGCCGCAGCGCCGGUGGCGGCAGCGGGCUCUGCGACGGCCGCAACCGGCGGCAGCUUGUGA